AUGUCUAACUGCGACCGCUGCAGACAUCCCCAACACCGUUUCUUUCGCUGCUCAAAGGAUGGACACUCUGUCCAGGGCGGUGACAUCUACUGCACCAAUACCUCCCUCGUUGCUCCCCUGGAGUUUGUCCUAGGUCUCCAGGUUCCUUUCGCCUUGCGCGAUCCAAGUUCUAAGAGCAUUCGCGGCAGCAGGACUUCCCUUGUCCGCUCGCGCAAAUCAACGAGUACAUUCGGAAGCAAGAUGUACGCCGCGAAUGCCCGACCCUGCCUCGUACUCAACAUAGAGGGUAGCGCCAAGGUAACCGCAUGCGUCAUGGGGACUUUGGAUGGUCGUGACAUCCGAUGUAUGCCACGCAUCUAUCGGCACUUCAGCGUCCCCGUGGCUCCCAACUUUGGUGGUUGCUGCACACCAGAAGACGAGCACGUCCACACGAUUCCUGAAUGGGAUGGCUGGGUAGGAAAGGCUCAAUGGUUGAUAGCCAUACCUCACAUCCUUCCACGACGCAUGUUCAAAGCCUUAGUUGUGUCUAUCAGCAGGCGCAAGGAGGAUGAGUGGAACCGCUGGUCUGAGGCAGAUCCCAACUUCCUGCAGAACGCUCGAGACGAAUACAAUGCCCAUCGCGCCAGCUACAAGAAUGGCAGAAUUGGGAGGCAGGUUGGGGCGACCGAAGACGGUCUCACCUCCGCAGUCGAGCUCGACACUGUUCUUGAAGAGCGCCAUGACGAGGGUGUCGUCGAGGCGAUCAUUGGCUUUGAAGAUGGCGUCGCUAUCAAGACGCCGGUUGACUUCAGCGUGGCAUUGAAUCAGAGACAUGGUGAUGCUUCUGGGACUACGCCAGAUCACACAUCAUCCACCGCGACUUGCGCGAACUCGGAGAUCGAGGAUCACUCCUCGGCCAGCACGCUGGCAAGCCAUAGUCACAACUCGGUUCCAGCCGAAUCUCUUCAGUUGGCUCGACAAUGGUCUCCCAAGCCGCUGGAGCAGCGAGACGGCUUUGAACCAUGCGAGUCAUCCAAGGACGAGUCUGGGGGUGCAUCGUUGGCGCCGAUGCGGAAGACAUCUGUAGAAGAGACUUUGUUCGUGAAGGCCUCAGUGCCCGAACAGCGGAAGCCUUCGGACAACCCCCUGCACAUUAUCCCGCGCAGCGUUCUAACGGCCAUGCGUCGUCGUACCAAUCGCGCUGCCACAGCCGGGGUUCGCCCUCAGCAUCCUCCUGCAUCCGAAGUUGCGAGUGAUCACACAGUAUACCGAGCACAGCCUAGCCCGAAGCGCUCUUUGUCCCGCAUCCUCCCCCGUAUACCGCCUCUUCGCAAGCAGAGCGGAGAGAGCACUGGUUCUGGCUCGACGAGCAGGAGGUUUGUCUCUGCCAUCUAA